CAUGGCAGAAUCGCUUCCUGCAUAUCCGUAAGCUAUCCUUUUCCAUCCCUCCCAUGCCUUCUCAACUCCAUAUAUAAAUCCAUCCUCCAUCACCUCCCUUUCUUCCACACACCGCCUUCUCUUUAGCCAAAUAAGAAGCAAACAGCACUGCCGCGACUCCAUGUCUCUGCGCCCCUCGGCUCCCAGGACCUGCCGCCUCUUCUGGUGCUACCAGUGUCACCGCGCCGUCCGCAUCAUCUGCUCCCCGGCCGCCGACGUCCUCUGCCCCCGCUGCUACGGCCGCUUCCUGCACGAGAUCGACUUGCCCCGCCCCCGCCUCGUUGUCGAGCUCACCCCCGUCCGCCCCCUCCGCGACCACCCUCUCUUCCCCCCGCCCGCAUGGCGCCGCUACGCCGAGCUCGACCGCGUCCGGCAGCUGGACUCCGACGACGGCCACCGCAACCCCUCCGGUUCUUGGAUCGUCUUCAGGAGGACCACGGAUGACCGCCCCGUCGACCCUGGCCCUCGGCGUCCCCUGACCCCCGCUCCUCCUCGCCGAGAAGAGCCGUCGAUUCCUGCGGCGGUGCGCCCGGCUGACUACUACACCGGUCCUAAUUUGAACGAGCUGAUCAAUGAGCUCACCCAGAACGACCGCCCGGGGCCACCGCCCGCGCCGGCUCCGGCUAUCGAGGCAAUGCCGACUGUCUCCAUAACGGAGGCCCACCUGACCGACGGCUCGCAGUGCCCGGUCUGUAAGGAGGAGUUCAGCCUCGGCGAGGAAGCGAGGGAGAUGCCCUGCAAGCAUGUGUACCAUUCCGAAUGCAUCGUUCCAUGGCUCAGCAUGCACAAUUCGUGCCCGGUAUGCCGGUUUCAGCUGCCGGGUGCGGGGAACGGCGACGGGCAGGAGAACAGAGCUAGUGGCAGCUCGAACACAGGCAGUGGUCGGAGCCGCCGACAGGACCGAUGGAACCCCUUCUUCCAGCUGUGGCCCUUUCGAGAGUCUUUGCACACCGGGGACUACCAGUACCGGGGACUCGAGGAGCACGAAGACAUUUUUAGUAGCCCUGGUGCCUUCUAUUCAUGGUGGCGCUCUUUAUUUCUUCUCUAGCAGUUCUUCUAGUGGUGCAGUCAUUCUCAAAAGGCCAAAGGGAGGCCUGCUUAGUGGACAGUUAAGUCUUUCCCUUGAACCCUUUACUAGUGUUUGUCAUUCUGUGCAUUUGGCAUCUGAUACCUUAGCUUCUUAGCUACUCAAGCUCUAAUUGCACCUUGUAAUAAUGCCUCUUUAGAAUGUCCAUCUUCCUAUAGGUUAUAUUUUGCAUAUAUUUCCAGGUUAUGAUCUUGUUUGGAGAUGAAAAUUAAAGUUAUCAUGGAAAGCAUGUAAUUAGAGUGUGUUUAUUACUGAUAUAUGAGUUAGCAUACACAAAUUGUUAUCUGAUAGAAGAAUUCAAUGUGAGCUUAUUGCAAAUUUAGCUUUGCUCAAGUUCUACACUAGUUUAAUUACAUAAAUUUGUGCAUGAUAUAUUCCUUUCCAUGUUAAUCUGCAAAGAAGGCAAGCAAAUGAUGAAGGUAAUAUGGCUGUGCAGUCGUCAAACGAAGGCUGGGAAUGCUGAUCCCAGAUCAUCCAUUGAAGCUUCACGGAAGAAGAAAUAUUGAGUCGAUAUUUUUACGAAGAAAGAACACAGCUACACAUCUUUAUGUAAUCAUCUGCUAUGUACAAGGUUAAUUCAUCGACAUAAGACCUCAAAAAAUAGUGGUCAAGGUGUAUCUCUUUCAAUGACCUGAAUGGCUUAUAAUUGUGAUUAAACAUUAUAU